CGUUGCCCGGGUCACAUGACCACACCGCUGGCUCUCUGAAAAGCCGAGCGGCCGUGACCUGCUGUGCCUUCUAUCAGUGCUCCUGCCGCAUCCAGCCAGCAGACAUGAGUAGGAUAUGAAAAUCAGCGGUAUGCGGUACGGUUAGCUGCUCAUAAAGCCGCGGGGGACGGAGACCGAGGACGAGGUUUGUCCGAGGAAGUGUGAAGGCUUCCAUACUGGACUUCCUGAUCUUCCAGCAUUAGGAUCUACAAGACCGAGCCACCAAACCACCCCAUCAACAUGAUGGCUUCAAGCGACGUAGACGUCCAAGGGGAAGGUUCUUUGUUUUCUGACCAAAUUCCAUCAGAAAUGGAUGCACUGUGUCCUUCUCCUCCUGGACCGUCCAGACCCCAGCGUCACUAUGAGAGAAUUGGAGGACGAACAGGAACCUCUUUUUUUCAGACACUUAUCCACCUGUUGAAGGGGAACAUUGGUACGGGGCUGCUGGGCCUGCCUCUAGCUGUAAAGAAUGCAGGGCUGGUUCUUGGACCAAUCAGUCUGCUAGUAAUGGGUAUUAUUGCAGUCCACUGUAUGGAGCUGCUGGUGAAAUGUUCCCACCAUCUAAGUGCAAAGGUGAACAGGCAAUCUCUGACCUACGGUGAGGCAGUGCAAUAUGGGAUGGAAAACGUUUCGUGGCUAAGGAGACAUUCGCUGUGGGGAAAACGAACGGUGAACUUGUUUCUCAUCAUCACCCAGCUUGGCUUCUGCUGCGUCUACUUUGUCUUCCUGAGUGACAAUGUCAAGCAGGUGGUGGAAGCAGCCAACGCCACCACCUUCAGCUGUUCCAUGAACUACACUAACCAGACUGAGAUCCUGGUGCCAAGCUUCGACUCGCGUCUCUACAUGCUCUGCUUCCUGCCUUUUCUCAUUCUCCUGGUUUUUGUGCGCAACCUGAGGUACCUGGCUCCCCUUUCUCUGGUGGCAAACGUGGUCAUGAGCGCCAGCCUGGUCCUUAUUUACUUCUUCUCACUCACGCAUAUCACGUACCCCAUCAACCUACCCAAGGUUGGCCGAGCUAAAGAUUACCCUCUCUUCUUUGGGACAGCCAUCUUCGCUUUUGAAGGAAUCGGAGUGGUCCUUCCCCUGGAGAACAAGAUGCAGAGGCCUCAGACCUUCACUCUGGUACUGUACCUGGGGAUGGGCAUCGUCACCUUCCUCUACAUCAGUCUUGGUACCAUAGGAUAUAUAUGCUUUGGAGAGCACAUCGGCGGGAGCAUUACUCUCAACCUGCCAAACUGUUGGAUGUACCAGUCUGUGAAGCUGCUCUACUCCUUCGGGAUUUUCAUCACCUUUGCGCUGCAGUUCUAUGUUCCAGCAGAGAUUCUCAUUCCACCAGUAGUGGCUCGCGUGUCUGAGAGGUGGGAGACAGCUGUCGACCUGUUGCUUCGGACCGUCUUGGUCAUCUUCACGUGUGCUCUGGCCAUCCUCAUCCCGGAGCUGGACCUGGUCAUCUCCCUGGUGGGCUCGGUCAGCAGCAGCUUCCUGGCGCUCAUCUUCCCUCCCGUGCUGGAGGUCAUCGCUUUUCACACCGAGGGUCUGUCUCCAGUGAAGAUGGGGCUGAACAUGGUCAUCAGCGCGGUGGGAUUGGUCGGCUUCCUGGCAGGAACCUACAUCGCCAUCGAGCAGAUCAUCGCCCGUAACGCCCUCAAACACACAGACACGUUGUCCUCAUACCUGGUCCUGUGAUCACCACCGGUGGAAGCAACCACCCAGUGGAUAUUAGCAGUCAGGAAACCUUACUAUUACACUUUCUGUCUUUGUUAUGCUGCUGUGGGAUCUGGGAGACUCACGUUCAUGGGACAAUAUGAAGCUGUAAGGAUUUGUGGUGCUUGUGUUUCAUCAUGUCUACUGCUGUACCCUGACAGUCUAUUAACGCCAGACAUUCACCGCAAACUAACAUUAACAUGCCAUGAAAUAUUGAGGGGAUGUAAUUAGAGUUACUUACAGCCUGAACACAGUGAUGUUUAAUAUUUAACCAAAAAGAACUACCUCAAAACUGGUAACAAUUUGAUCCUUCAAUUAACAAAAACAUCCAAUCAGCACAUUACACACUGAUGCUGAAAUUGGACUCUAAACCUCAGACCAAAGAGUUUGACAUCAUAUGAACUAAAAAGGAAGAAUAUGUCACUUUUUUCUUUAAGCUUUGAUUUAUGCCUUAUUCAGCGAUGUGGAGAAUUACGUUGACUGUAGAUAUAGAGAAAAACAAUUCACCAACUAAAUCAAGUAACUGUAAAGGAAGGAAGGAAGGAGUGGAGUAGGUGAGAUAAAAGCUCUGAACCAGGAGCCUCGACGAGUCAGAAACACGCGUUAUGUUGAACUAGUUGAGCAGCGAGCGUCUCCGAACCAUGUGCUCCGUGAGAGCAGAGGCCGAAGGACGGUUUGAUUGUCAGGCUUUGCUGCGUGUUCAUCGGAACGGGCAGCGAAGGGCAGCUUCCUCAUCCUCCUCAGCUCAGUGUGGAUCUUCAUCAUCAUCAUCACUGACCUACUGUCUGUGUUCAACAUUGCUUUAUUUUGAACUAUUCUCUCAAGUCAUAAGAGCCUGGGGAACACAUUCUUCUCUGGAGAAUGCACUUGAACACUUGAUGAUAAUAAAACAAAAGGGAGGAAAUAUGUUGUUGUCUGUGGUCGUGGUCAAAUCAGGAAAUCAAAAGGAAAACGGAAUCAGAAACCGAUGCUCAGAGGCUCAGUGUGUGGACGUUGGGCCGGAGUCUUCUCUUAUCACCACAUCCCCCACACACCUCAGUGUGUGUAUCAGCGUAGUUGUACUGGAUUCAUGCACAGGUUCAUGUUGACUCCAUGCUUAUUUCAGUGUCAUGUUUUAAUGUAUUUGGUAAAUUAAUGUUUGUAUUUUUGAAUUUUUUAUUCAAACCGCAUGCUUUUAUAAAACUCACAGCUAACCUCACCUUGAUUCUGCAUGUAAUGUAAUAUAAUGUAAUAUAUAUGUGUAAUAUAAAACAAAGGUUUUAUUUACAAGUUGUAGUUGUUGCAGGAUUCCUAAAAUAAAAUGCAGCCUGUG